GAAGGCCAUCGUUGCUUGUCAUUAUUCAUUUCGCGGCUGGAUGUUCGAGUUAAUAAGUUUUGUUAUUCUUUUUAAAUAAUAAUUUUAUUACGCUUUUUUUUUAUUUCACACUUUAUUGUCAUCAAUUGACAAAAAUAAACGUGACAAUAAUUUUUUUUUGAACGAUUUGAUGACUGGUAAUUAAAUUUUGUUAUAAAUAUCGAGUGUUGAGUAUAUUUUAUCGUCAAAGUUGUUUUACAUUUCAACAAUUCAACAUCACGACGAGUUAAAUAUUAUAAUUUUGUUAUUUAUUUUUUGGUCAUCAUGAUGUGGUUUAGUAUUGUAUCAUUGUUGAUGUUUGUUGGUGGAAUAUUGGCACAGUCAUCAUCUGGAAUUGUUUUUACUGGACCAACAACAACAGCACCUAAACCAAAUCCACCAGCUCAAGGUAAUUGUCGAUGUGUUGCUGUGGGUACAUGUAAUUUUGGACCAACUGGUAUCGACAUCAGAAUUGUCAAUCAAGGUCAACAAAGUUGUUCAUCUGGUCAAGUUUGGUGUUGCGGAGUUUCAGGAAAUAUUCAAUCUGGAUGUGGCAUUAGAAAAAUAACAAAUGCACCAGUUCAACCAACUGGAGUUGCACAAUUUGGAUCUUAUCCUUGGCAAGUUGCUAUUCUCGAUUUGAAUGAUGUUUAUUUAGGAUCUGGAGUAUUACUGAGUCCAGACUAUGUUCUCACAGCAGCACACAAAGUCUACACUUACACAAGUGGGAAUAUAAUUUUACGAAUGGGUGAAUGGGAUGGAACAGCAACAACUGAACCAAAUCCAUACCGUGAUUAUCGUCCAGCGAGCAUUGUAAUUCAUCCAAAUUUUAAUUCUCAAAAUCUUCAAAAUGAUGUUGCAAUUAUUCGACUAACUUCAUCAGUUCCGAUAUCAACAAGUCCAAAUAUUAAUACAGCAUGUUUUCCAACAUCAUCACCGGCAACUGGAACAAGAUGCUGGGUAACUGGAUGGGGUAAAAAUGCAUUCAAUGGUAAUUAUCAGGCAAUUUUAAAAGAAGUUGAUGUACCAAUUGUCGAUCAAGCAAGCUGUGAAACUCGUCUUCGAUCAACACGACUUGGACAAUUUUUUAAUUUAGAUAGAAAUAGUUUUAUAUGUGCUGGUGGUGAAGUUGGAAAAGAUGCAUGCACGGGCGAUGGAGGAGCACCUCUUGUUUGCCAAGGUGGCAACGGAGCAUGGCAGGUUGUUGGCCUGGUCGCGUGGGGAAUUGGAUGUGCUUCCGGUGGUGUACCAGGUGUAUACGUGAACGUCUUCAACUUUUUACCGUGGAUCACUCAACAAAUGGGCAUGUAAACAAACAUACUGUUUUAAUCAACAAAAAUCACAUCGUACAAAAAAAAAAUUAUAAAUCUCAUUAUACUCAAAACUGAAAGGAUAAAAUUUGUAUUUAUUUAUUAAUUUUUUUUUCAUGUUGUUCAUAACAUUGGCUUAUAAAUAUUCAUUUAAUUUUUUUUUUCAUUUAUCGCUCAUUCUUUAUGUACACUUUUUCUAUCUAGAAUUUUAAAUGUUGAUUUUUUUUUACUGAAAAUAAUAAAAUGAAAAAGCAUAUGGAAUAUUUAUUAUAAAUUAUUUAUGUUUAACGCAACAGCAAUGUAAAUGAUGAUGCUUUGUUUUUCUAAUUUAUCUAAAAUCAUUUCAAUUAUAAUAAUUGUUUAAAAAAAUUUUUUUUUUCAUUCAAUCACUUGCUGUUGGCAGUGUCACAUAAUUUUUUUUAAUUAAUUUUUAAUAGUAAAUAUUAUUAGUAACAUUUGUGUGUGAUAAUUAUCAUCGUUAUUUCAACAUUUGCACUCUCCCAUUUUUUCAUCAUACAAAUUAACUAGAGAUUAUCAUGAAAAAAUUUACAAAAUAGGCAAUUUUUUUUUCUAUAUAAUAUUAUAAUUUUUAAAUUUUUUUUAUUAAUUGUUAGUGGUUUGUUAAGGCUACUUAGUGUGCCACUGAUUAUGAUGCUCUUCGGUAAAAUAAUUCUUGUUGAAAAAAAAAAAAAAUUAAUAUUUUUAACAUAAAAGUUUCUUUUUUCUUUCUUUUCGUUAAUUUAGAGUAAAAUAAUAAAAAAAAAAUUAUCUUGAAUUGUUUCAAGCUUCAGUCUAGAUGAAUAAAUACUGAAAACAAAA